UAUCCUUCAAACAAGUUAACAUUGAUACUGCUGAAGAGCUCAUGAUCCGUGGACUUGGAGCUAAUUUCUCUUGUUUUUGGUGUUAACCCUUAUUACUUCUCACUUCCAGGCGCAGUAUGACCCUAAUGGGUUUAGAGCUUUGCCGUGAAUAGAAUAAGUAAAUGAUAUAAUUGUACUUAAAAUAGCCUUACGAAAAACUCUAAAUUCACAUGAAUUGAUAAAGUAAACACUAUAACAUGUAUAUAUACGUGAACCUAUUUAUUGGUUAAAUAUUUGUAGUGAAAAUAACGUGAGUGGGAAGGUUUGAUCACAUGUAAACAAACCUUCACCUCAAGACUCGCCUCCCUCACUCUUAACAUCUUUCUUACUUAGUAACGUAAUAGCAACUCUCACACAUAAUGGAGACACAAAAUGACAAGAGAAGACAACUUGAUGAUGAGAUGAGCAGAUUUGAGGCAGAAAUCUCAGGUCCUCCUGGCAUUGGCACUGUGCUUCCCUUGCAGCCUCCUCCCCCACCCCCAAGGGCUGUCAUAGGAUCCAACACCUUCACUCAGGUUCAGCAACGCCUGCAACAGCAGCAUCCUGAACCUCCUGGUACUGGCAGUCCAUCUGGUCCUCUUGGGUCUACUGGUAUUUCUACUCUAUCUGGUCCUGCAGGUUCAGCUGGUGCAACUGUUCCUGCAGGACCCACUGGGCCUCCAGGUCCUGCAGGUCCACCUGGUGUUCCUAUGGGUGGUCAGGGAACACAGAAUAGACCUUCAGUAUCCAGUGGUUCAAAUGCAAGUAAUGGUGUUCCUGCAUUACCCCCACCCCCACCACCACCUGGGGGAUAUAUUGGCCCACAAUUACCUGGGGACCGUGCAGCAAAUAGCAGUGUACCACAGCAGCAGCAGUCACAGCAGCAGCAACAACAGCAGCAGUCACAGCAGCAGCAGUCACAGCAGCAGCAGUCACAGCAGCAGCAGUCACAGCAGCAGCAACAACAACAGCAGCAACAACAGCAGCAACAACAACAGCAGCAGCAGCAACAACAGCAGCAGCAGCAACAACAACAACAACAACAACAACAACAACAACAACAACAACAACAACAACAACAACAACAACAACAGCAACAACAACAGCAGCAGCAGCAACAGCAGCAGCAGCAGCAGCAGCAGCAGCAGCAGCAGCAGCAGCAGCAGCAGCAGCAGCAUCACCAGCAGCAGCAACAGCUACAGCACCAGCAGCACCACCAUCACCAGCAGCCUAGGCCACCACCUCCAGGCUUCAUUCCACCACAACUCAUACGUCAACAAAUGCACCACAAUAUGAUGUGUGAUGGUCCUCAGAUGGGUCCCAUGAUGGGUGGUGGUCCUGGUUUUAUGAGACCUCCUGGGCCACUAAGACAUCCUGGGCCACCAGGGCCUCCUGGCUAUGGACCACCCCAUGGGCCACCCCAUGGACCACCUCAUGGACCACCUCAUGGACCACCCCAUGGACCACCUCAUGGACCACCCCAUGGACCUCCUCAUGGACCACACCAUGGGCCACAUCAUGGACCACCCCAUGGACCACAUGGCCCUCCAGGCCCACAUGGUCCUCCAGGCCCACAUGGGCCACCAGGUCCCCAUGGGCCACCUGGCCCCCAUGGACCACCUGGCCCCCAUGGACCACCUGGCCCCCAUGGACCACCAGGUCAUGGUCAUGAUCUUCAUGGACCUCCAGGUCAUGGUCCUCCUGGGAUUGGUCCCCAUGGUCCACAUGGACCACCAGGACAACACCCUCCACACCCAUCAGUACAUGGUCCACAAGGGCCCGGUAAUCAUGGUUAUGGCUUGCCAGGCUCUAACCAACUGCCUCCCCACACACAGGGUCCUCCUCACUUAGGUGGCCCUGGCCUUGGGCCCCCAGGUUCUGGGCCCCUCAGAGGGGUUCAUCCCCCACCUCCUCCACCUCCUGGUAUGAUAACCCAACAACAACAUGGCCCCAACACUGUAGCUUCACCCUUCCUUCCUGCAGUUAUCUCCAAGCCACCCACUAUUAUCAGCUCAGCCCCUAAGCUAUACACUGCUCAAUCUGCCAAGAAUGAAAGUAAACAAAGCGAUGCUGCUGCUAGUCCCAUUACCGUGCAAGGACCAACUGCACCUCUGGAAGUAACAGCUGAACCCAAAAAAAAGAAGACAAAACCUGAUUCCCCAAAUACUGCAGCACAAAUUUCUAACAUGAUGACUCAAGCUCAGGAAAUGGCAGAAAAGGUACGAGCAAGUACAGUAACAAUAACAGUCCCUCGACAAGAAGGACAAAAUCCUCCACCUGCAGAGGAGAAGAAGAAAGAAGGGAAAUCACGCAACAAGAAAAACUUAAGGUGUGCUGGUGGACAGAUAUGGGAGGACCACUCUCUGAAUGAAUGGGACACCGAUGAUUUCCGGAUAUUCUGUGGUGACCUUGGAAAUGACGUUACAGAUGAAUUACUAACUCGCUAUUUUAGCCAUUUCUCUUCAUUUGUGAAAGCAAAAGUGGUGAGGGAUAAGCGCACAAAUAAAAGUAAAGGAUAUGGCUUCAUAAGUUUUUCUGAUCCACAAGACUACAUACGAGCCAUGAAGGAGAUGAAUGGGAAGUACGUGGGGUCGCGGCCGAUCAAGCUUCGUAAGAGCACAUGGAAGGACCGCAACGUUGACAUGGUGCAGAAGAAGCAGAAGGAGAAGCAGCUGCUUGGCCUCAAGUAGACCCGCUCAGUGACCUCACAAAUGAUGUCCAGAAUGUAUCACCUUGACUUACAUAAUGAUAUGAGCGAGUUUUGGGGUGCCAGGCCACUCCAGGCACCAUUGUCUUCAUGAGAGUUAUCUUACAGCCAGCGAGUACGACAGUAUUGCUGCAGUCUCCCCUCGUUCUCAGAAUGUGGUUGCUUUAUGUUAAGUGUGUGUUUAUAAUAUAUAUAUAUAUAUGGCAUCCCACCAAACA